UUGCGGAACAUCAUUUUUGGGGAACUCAUGCUUCCUUAUGCUUCUGCACGGGUACUAACACUCUUUUUUGUCCUGCUGUCUAUCUUCAAAUAUGACUCUACCACAGCAACUACGUUCUGAGAGGUGCAUGUCUUUGGAGGUGGGAGGAAGCCGGAGUACCCGGAGGGAACCCACGGAUUCACGAGGAGAACACAGAAAGAUCCCGAGCCUGGGAUUCAACCUCGGACUACUCAGGACCUUUGUAUUUGACUUCGACCAGCUGCCUAAUAAUGUCCCAAUCAGUGCUACCGUUGCGGAUGUCGAGGAGAAAAAGGGCUUCAUUGACUAUUUUAGGUUUGUUAUUGAGGUGAAGACCAAAGGAGGCAGCAAGUAUCUGAUCUACCGACGUUACCGAGAGUUCUUCAGCUUACACCAGAUCCUGGAGUCCAGGUACUCACCGGAGGACCCUGACAGACCUUCACCUAACUCCUGCGGGCUCCCCACGCUUCCGGGCAAAGUGUUCAUGGGCAACAAGCGGGAGAUUGCGGAGAGCAGAAUCCCCGAGCUAAACACGUACAUGAAGAGGCUGCUUGGUCUGCCGACGUGGUUGCUGCUGGACGAGGAGCUCAGGAUGUUCUUCUACCAGACGGAGUUGGACAGCCAACAGCAACCUCGGGCUCUCAGGCGUUUACGCCCGCCUACCCGCAGAGUAAAGACUGCUAAACCAAAGACGGACCUCUUCUCCUCCCCCAGGGCAGAGGCCAUGUUUGACUUUUGCGGCAGCAGCAAAGCAGAGUUGAACCUAAAGAGAGGAGACUUGGUGUUCCUGCUGCAUCGAGUCAACCCCGACUGGCUGGAGGGCACCACCAAUGACCAGACGGGUAUUUUCCCAGAAUCAUUUGUGAAGAUCAUCAAGCCCCUCCCAGAGAGCGAAUCUGAGGGAGAAAGUGACGUCUCCACCUUUAGCUGUCUGCGAUGCUACUUGCUCACCCCUGACGGAGUCGACACCAGGGAUGUGUGCGUUCAAGAGGACCUCACCAUCCAGCCAACACACAAGGACCUGAUGUCUCGAAUGAGGGACGUCUUCAAGGUGGACGGCAUUGCGUUAAAUUACCGCGACCCCGAGGGCGACUUGAUCCGCAUCCUGGACGACGAGGACGUGCAGCUGAUGAUCUCGGAGAGCAGAGGUCAGCCGGGGGCGGGCCAGAGGCCUGUCAAUCAGUUUCCAUGGGAACUGCACGUGACAUUGGCCUCGGACCUGUCUGUUUACAAUGUGGAGGCAUAAACUUCACAUUGGGGCAUUUUGUUUUAGUCAAAGUCUCAACAUACUGAGGUGUAAACCUACUACAGUGUAAUUAAUUUGUAUGAUCGAAUCACAAUUUUAUGUUUUUGACAAAAUAUUCAUGCAAAAUCUAAGGCAAAUGUUAUCGAUUUAAAGGGGAACAUUAUCACCAAACCUAUGCAAGCGUCAAUAUAUACCUUGAUGUUGCAGAAAAAAGACCAUGUAUUUUUUUUACCGAUUUCCGAACUCUAAAUGGGUGAAUUUUGGCAAAUUAAACGCCUUUCUGUUUAUCGGUCUUUUAGCGAUGACGUCAGAACGUGACGUCACCGAGGUAACACACCCGCCAUAUUCAUUUUCACAUUACAAACACCGAGUUUCAGCUCUGUUAUUUUCUGUUUUUUCGACUAUUUUUUGGAACCUUGGAGACAUCAUGCCUCGUCGGUGUGUUGUUGGAGGGUGUAACAACACUAACAGGGAGGGAUUCAAGCUGCACCACUGGCAAGAAAUCUUCCGCCAGACCCCCAUUGAAUUUGCCAGAGUGUCUGCACAUUUGACCGGCGAUGCUAAGACAGACAUGGCACAGAGAUGUAUGGAUAACCUGCAGAUGCAUUUGCAACGAUUAAGUCAACGAAAUCACAAGGGUGAGUUUUGUUGAUGUUGUUGACUUAUGUGCUAAUCAGACAUAUUUGGUCACGGCAUGACUGCCAGCUAAUCGAUGCUAACAUGCUACGCUAAUCGAUGCUAACAUGCUAUAUACGCUAGCUGUAUGUACAUUUGAAACUAGAUACCCACAUUUAAUGCGAAACAAACACUUACCAAUCGACGGAUUUAAGUUGCUCCAGUGUCACAAGAUGCGAAAGUCCUGAUCGUUUGGUCUGCACACAUUUUACCGGCGAUGCUAAUAAGGCAGCCAUGCUAUGGGCCACUUCAUUAGGUACACCCAUACUAUGGCCAAAUAGCGUCAAUAGCUAUUCGCUCAAUAGCUUCAAUUUCUUCUUCAAUUUCGUUUUGGCUAUCUGCCUCCAUACUCCCACCAUCUGUUUCAAUACAUGUGUAAUCUGUUGAAUCGCUUAAGCCGCUGAAAUCCGAGUUUGAAUCCAAGCUAAUGUCGCUAUAUCUUGCUGUGGUAACCGCCAUGUUGUUUGUAUUGGCAGCCCUGUAUGACGUCACAGGGAAAUGGAUAGUGGUUUCGAAGAUAGCGAAAAUAAGGCACUUUAAAGCUUUAUUUAGGGAUAUUCCGGGACCGGUAAAAUUUUGAAAAUAACUUCAAAAAAUACAACAAGCCACUGGGAACUGAUUUUUAUUGUUUUUAACCCUUUUGAAAUUGUGAUAAUGUUCCUCUUUAAUGUUUGUAAAGUUGUGUAGUGGCUACGUCUUGAAGCAAUGUACUUGCUGACUUGAUUCAGUUUGCUGCUGCCUUAGACAUUUUCAAGUGAGUAUUUUCUGCUGCUGGACAAACGUUGGCUAUAUUCCACAUUUCGAUGAGCUAAAAGACUCCCUUUCAAAACUCAGUAGGUUGAAGCUGCUUUCAUUUUAUUCGCAUUUAAUUGUAACGAGGUCUAGCUCUGAGCCUCGGUCUACGCUGGUUUGGACAAAGUUUUGCCAGUUGAAAAAUAUUUAGGGUUCGAAUUGGAGUUAAAUCCCUGCAAUAAAUAAUAAAAAUAUCAGAUGUAUGUUCGAAAA